AUGGUUGCCAUUUCCAUCCUCAAAUCUAUCCCACUUUGGGCUGGUUGUGCUCUUGCGGGUGUCAACUACCCUACAAUUCCCAAAGACCUGACCACUCCUUUCCAACAGCGACUUGCAGUUUACGGACCGAAUGCCGUAUCCGUGGGUUGGAAUACGUACGAGCAGCUGGAUCAACCAUGCGUGCAGUACGGUCUUUCAGCAGAUGCUUUGGAUACAAAAGCUUGCUCGUCAUCUUCCACUACCUAUGCAACCUCUCGGACCUGGUCAAAUGUGGCCAUUCUGACCGGAUUAACACCAGCGACAACCUACUACUACAAGAUAGAGUCGACCAACUCGACAACAGAUCACUUCCUCAGUCCUCGCACCCCUGGUGAUACCACGGCAUUCAACAUGGACGUCGUGAUCGACUUGGGUGUUUACGGAAAAGACGGCUUCACAACCUCAAGCAAGAAAAAAGACACCAUACCGGUUGUUGAGCCCGAGCUCAACCACACCACCAUCGGCCGCCUCGCCGAGACAGUGGAUGAUUACGAGUUAGUCAUUCACCCUGGCGACUUCGCAUACGCCGACGACUGGUAUCUGAAGUUCUCGAAUAUUCUGAGCGGCAAAGAGGCCUACGAGUCUAUUCUCGAGCAAUUCUAUGACCAGCUCGCUCCAAUCGCAGGCCGCAAGUUAUACAUGGCUAGUCCAGGUAACCACGAAGCAGACUGCAGCGAGAUCCCAUAUCUGAACGAUCUCUGUCCACAGGGACAGAAAAACUUCACCGAUUUCCUGCACCGCUUUGAGAAUACCAUGCCCGAGUCUUUUGUUUCGUCUUCAUCCAAUACCACAGCACAAGCUCUGGCGCGAAAGGCUCGCAGUCUCUCUAACCCGCCUUUCUGGUACUCAUUUGAAUACGGAAUGGCACACAUUGUGAUGAUCAACACGGAGACUGACUUCCCCAAUGCGCCCGAUGGAACCGAUGGAUCUGCCAAGCUGAAUGGCGGACCUUUUGGCGCGCCUCAUCAGCAGAUCGAGUUCCUGAAAGCCGAUCUUGCGUCCGUUGAUCGGACAGUUACACCCUGGGUCAUUGUCGCCGGACACAGACCUUGGUACUCGACUGGUUCAUCUAGCGGCUGCGACUCCUGCCAGGAAGCAUUCGAAGGCCUGUUCUACCAGUACGGUGUUGAUCUUGGUGUUUUCGGGCACGUGCACAACUCGCAGCGAUUCCUCCCCGUUGUCAAUGGCACUGCCGAUCCAAAUGGGAUGAAUGACCCCAAGGCGCCUAUGUAUAUCGUCGCUGGUGGAGCGGGCAACAUCGAAGGGUUGAGUGACGUGGGCUCCAAGCCAUCUUACACCGAGUUCGCGUAUGCCGAUGACUACAGCUACAGCACGCUGAAGUUUUUGGAUGCGCAGAAUUUGCAGGUUGAGUUCAUCAGGUCUUCCACGGGUGAAGUUUUGGACUCUAGCACACUGUACAAAAAGCACGCGACCCAGUUCGUCCAGCAGUAA